AUGCCGUCAUACAAACUCUACUAUUUUAAUGUACGAGGCUUCGCUGAAGUUUCUCGUUUAAUAUUCGCAGCUGCCGGUGAAAAAUUCGAAGAUAUUCGCUAUGAACACGAACACUGGCCCGAACAUAAAGCUGAAAUGCCACUAGGUCAAAUGCCUGUUCUCGAAGUUGAUGGAGUGAAAUUACCACAAUCAGCGGCGAUCGCUCGGUUUCUUGCAAAACGAUUCAACUUAGCAGGCAAAGACGAUUUUGAACAAGCACAAGUCGAUGCUGUGGUUGAUACAAUAUACGACCUAGUGAAAGCACUUUUGCCGACGCUUCGAGAACAAGAUGAAGCAAAAAAACAAGAACUAUUGAAGAAGAUGUUUGCCGAGGAAUUACCAAAACAUUUACAAAAUCUCGAAACUCUCGCAAAAUUAUACGGAAAAGGUGGUCCCUUCUUCGUUGGUAAUCAUUUAACUUGGGCAGAUUUAUUCUUUCAUUCGUUCGUUGAAACACUUCUCGGAAUGAAUGGAACGCUAUUGGACAAUAAUCCAUGGUUAAAACAAAACCGUGCUGAAGUGGAAAAAAAUCCUAAAAUUGCCGAAUAUCUCAAAACUCGACCAAAAACAGAACGUUAA